UAGAUGCGAAUAGUUGACAGAUGUCGAGUAAAUCUUAUUCAUGGAGACCGCAUAUCUUGCUCAUCCCCGAUCCGCAGUUCCUUGAAUCCCAUCCCCGUCGCGUUAACUGCCGUGUUUCCUACAGGCCAGUGUCGAGUCAGCUGCUGGAAGAAUAGCAAGUGCGGCGCGUGGUCGGUUAGCAAGCGUCAGAACAGGACUGAGUGUAGAAUGGCCAGCAGAAGUCCUAUAAAGUCUAAGCUAGAGGAGGACUCCAGAUCCACCUACUUCUUCAUGAGAAAUUCUGUACCCGGCCGGUACGUCUUCGGGUCGGACAACCUGCUGUACUUGCAGUCGACUCGUCUUUUUGGAACCUUCCAUUUCGCCGUCGCGAUCUGUAAGAAGAUCCCCGGCCACCGCCUCGCGAUAUUCAGGAAGGUGGAGCCUCUGGAGAACCUGGAAGGAAUUCUGUAUGGGAAUGCUGAGAGAGAAAACGUGAACCAAGUCGCCUACAUCGACUUGAGGAACACCUCCCGAGGCCCCGCGUUCGGAGACGGGACGCUCCUCAGCGACACCGAAAUGGGACGACUCGAGAUAGUCAACGCCACCACAGGCCGGGUCUUCGUCCACUGGAACAACUCGCUCGUCGGCGUAUCUACGGACGUAUUGAGGCAGUUCAUCUGUCAGGCAAAUCCGUUGGGUGUCGAGUGGUAG